GGCCCGCACGAUGUGCGUUGAGGGCAGUGCCAGGCACCGAGUCGCCGAGAAGCCUCUUCCCUUCCCCGCUGCCCUCUCGGGCUCCCCGGCGGCGGCAGCGACGCCACUCCCGGUGCCCCGCUCUGCCGGGACCCCCCUCCCGCCAAGGCGGGGGGCGGCUGCGCUGCGGCCUCGGCCUCGGGCAGGGCUGCUCCGCCCUCCUCCCGCGCUCCGCCGCCCGCCCGGUCCCGGGGCAGCCGGCGCUGCCCCGUGGCGGAGGGUGCCCGGCGGGUCGGGAUCGGCCGUACCGCCAGCCGGGGCCGGCACCAUCAUGUGAGGCGGUGGGUUUCCCCCCCUGCCCCAAGCUGCCCUCUCCCGCACCAUGAGGGAAGGGGAUGCGGGGCAGCACCCACGCCGGAGACAGGUAGAGCCCGGGCGGCUCCUCCACCUCCUCUCCGGCGUGAUCCUCGUGUGCAGCGCGGAGGUCGCGGCACUCGCCGACUUCUCAGGUUACCUAACCAAACUUCUGCAAAAUCAUACUGCCUAUGCCUGCGAUGGGGAGCAUUUGAGUCUGCACUGUCCUCGUCAUUCAACAAUAAGUGUUCAGUCAGCAUUUUACGGGCAAGACUACCACAUGUGUAGUACUCAGGAGCCUGAAACCAGGAUGACAGAACCCAUAAACUGUGUGGCACCCACCUCUUUGCAGAAAGUGCUGGAUGAGUGCCAGAACCUGAGAUCCUGCCAACUCCUUGUCAAUAGUCGGGUUUUUGGACCUGAUCUGUGUCCAGGGACCACUAAAUUCCUCCUUGUCUCCUUUAAAUGCAAACCUACUGAAUACAAAACCAAAUCAGCAUGUGAAAACCAGGAACUGAAACUCCACUGUCAGGAGUCCAAGUUCCUUAUCAUCUACUCUGCUGCCUAUGGCAGGUGGGCACACGAGGAGAACAUCUGCUCGACCCAAGUGGAGCGCGUCCCCCCCUUUGUUCCUAAGUUUAUCCUCACGGCUGUCAACCCCCCGGUCACUGAUAGCAAGUCUUCUGUCAAACAGAACGAUGAUGUCAACCUUGAUCCAAAGGAAUCAAGACAUCCAAAGAAAGAUGACACUUUUGUUAGCAACUCCUUGGCUACCUUUGCCUACAUUAGAGAUCACCUGGAAAGAGCUGCUCUCCUGUUUGUGUCCAGCGUUUGUGUGGGGUUACUCUUCAUGCUCUGUGCUUUGGGGAUCCGCAUGUCGUGCUCCAGUGACCUCCAGAAACUGCACAGGAAGAAGGAUCACCUGCUGCCAGAAAGUGAUGGGGUGUACGUGGAUAAUGAAAAUGAAGAGGAGGAGCAGGAGGAUUCGGAUUCUGAUUCAGAUGCCCAGGAUGAAGUAGAAGGACUUUACAGACCUCCUUACUCAGGUUACAGCUCGGCAGAGGCAGCGGAACUGGCCGAAAGGAUAGAGCGCAGGGAGCAGAUCAUACAAGAAAUUUGGAUGAACAGUGGUUUGGAUAUGACACCUCCUAGAAAUAUGAAUACAUUUUAUAUUAAUGAACAAUAAAUGGCUUAUUUUGGAUGAUGCCCUAGCCUUUUUUUUUGAAAAAAGAAAUGUACCUUCUGUGAAGGAACAUUUGUAACAGUGCAUAUAAUUAUUUGUAAAAUAAGAAAAAAUAUAUUCAAUAAAAGAAGAGUUUCAAACCC